CGGCGAGAUGCAGCCAGCCACACAGUGUCCCGCAGCGCGCCGCCUCCGAGCGGUAGCGCCGAGGGCGGCAUGGCACGGCUCACCGUGCGGGCUGCCCACAUCUAUCCGCCGCCCCUCAGGCUCCAAAGCAGCCCCGGUGGGGCCACGGCGGUCAGGCUGUCACCGAGCACGGCGACAAGGAAGCAGGCAGCACACUGUCCUCCACCACUUAGCUCGGCGGAGGAAACACCCGGCGGUGGUGGGUUUAGUGUGUCGCGGAGGGAUCCGCGCGGUCCGCCGUGUGCCCGCCUCCUGCUCGGUGCCGCUGCCUCCCGAUAUAGUGCGGCGCGGCGCCGUGCGGGCGGCAGUUGGCGGGUGGCGCUGUGCGGUGCGGGCUGCGGGCACCUCCAACUUGGGACUGUCCGCCGGCGUCAGCUGCUGAACAUGAGCCUCCUGCCUCUGUACCUGCUCGGAUUGCUCCUCGGUAGCGGGCAAGCUCUUCUUCAGGUUUCCAUUUCUCUUAGUAAAGUUGAACUCAGUGUGGGUGAAUCCAAAUUCUUCACGUGUACAGCCAUUGGUGAGCCUGACAACAUAGAUUGGUACAACCCGCAAGGAGAGAAAAUUGUUUCUAGUCAAAGAGUGGUUGUUCAGAAAGAAGGUGUUCGAUCACGCCUAAUCAUUUAUAAUGCAGAUAUAGAAGAUGCUGGUAUAUAUCGAUGUCAAGCAACAGAUGCUAAAGGACAAACUCAGGAAGCUACUGUUGUUUUGGAAAUUUAUCAAAAGCUCACUUUUCGGGACAUAGUAUCACCACAGGAGUUCAGGCAGGGAGAAGUUGCAGAAGUUGUUUGCCGUGUUACUAGUUCACCUGCUCCCAUUGUCAGCUGGCUGUAUCGGAAUGAAGAAAUAACAACUCUUGCUGACAGUCGAUAUGCAAUAUUAGCAAACAAUAAUCUUCAAAUUCUUAACAUCAAUAAAAGUGAUGAAGGUGUAUACCGCUGUGAAGGAAGAGUGGAAGCCAGAGGAGAGAUUGACUUCCGGGAUAUAAUAGUCAUUGUGAAUGUUCCCCCUGUAAUUACUGUGCUACAGAAAUCCUUUAAUGCCACUGCAGAUCGAGGAGAAGCCGUAACUUUGUUCUGCAGAGCCACUGGGUCGCCUCCACCAGAAAUAAGUUGGUUUAGGAACGGUAAACUUAUUGAAGAAAAUGAAAAAUAUGUAUUGAGAGGGAGCAAUGCAGAGUUAACAAUAAGAGAUAUAAAAAAUAUUGAUGCGGGUCCUUAUAUCUGCAGUGCGAAAAACAAAGCAGGAAAUGAUAAGAGACAGACAUUCCUUCAAGUUUUUGUACAGCCUCAAAUAAUACAACUUAAAAAUGAAACCACAUUUGAGAAUGGGAAAGCCACCCUCAUCUGUGAAGCAGAAGGAGAACCUGUCCCAGAGAUUACUUGGAAAAGGGCCGUUGAUGGAGUAACUUUCUCUGAAGGUGACAAGAGCCCAGAUGGCCGUAUAGAAGUCAAAGGGCAGCAUGGAAAAUCGUCACUGCAUAUUAAAGAUGUGAAGUUGUCAGAUUCAGGGAGAUAUGACUGUGAAGCUGCAAGUAGAAUUGGUGGGCACCAAAAGAGCAUGUACCUUGAUAUUGAAUAUGCUCCAACAUUUCUGUCGAAUCAAACUAUAUAUUUCUCUUGGGAAGGCAAUCCCAUCAAUAUAACAUGUGAAGUGCUAGCAAACCCAUCUGCCUCAGUUCAGUGGAGAAGAGGAAAAUUAGUUCUACCAGUAAAAAAUACAACACAUCUGAAGACCUACAGUGCAGGAAGAAAGCUGAUUCUAGAGAUUGCUCCUACAUCUGACAGUGAUUUUGGACAGUAUAACUGUACAGCUACAAACAGAAUAGGAACAAGAUAUCAGGAGUACACACUCGGUCAAGCUGAUGUGCCAUCGAAUCCUUAUGGAGUACGAGUCUUAGAGUUGUCACAAACCACUGCCAAGGUUUCAUUCAUUAAGCCUGAUUCACAUGGAGGUGUGCCCAUUCAUCACUAUCAAGUCGAUGUAAAAGAGGUAGCCUCAGAAACCUGGAAGAUUGUCCGCUCCCAUGGCGUUCAAACAAUGGUUGUUCUCAGCAAUUUGGAACCAAAUACGACAUACGAAAUCAAAGUAGCUGCUGUAAAUGGAAAAGGGCAAGGAGAAUAUAGCAAAAUUGAGAUAUUUCAGACUUUACCUGUCCGUGAGCCAAGCCCACCGUCAAUUCAUGGACAACCAGGAAAUGGAAAGAGCUUCAAACUUAGUAUAACUAAACAAGAUGAUGGAGGUGCCCCCAUUUUGGAAUACAUUGUCAAAUACAGAAGUAAAGAUAAGGAAGACCAGUGGCUAGAAAAAAAAGUUCAGGGUAGUAGAGACCACAUCAUCUUAGAGCAUCUUCAGUGGACCAUGGGUUAUGAAGUACAAAUUACAGCUGCCAACAGACUGGGUUUUUCUGAACCAACAUUGUACGAAUUUAGCAUGCCACCGAAGCCCAACAUUAUUACAGACACUCUUUUUAAUGGUCUUGGACUACGUGCUGUUAUUGGCCUGGGAGUGGCGGCCCUUUUGUUAAUCCUUGUUGUCACUGAUGUCAGCUGCUUCUUCGUACGACAAUGUGGAUUGCUAAUGUGCAUCACCAGGAGGAUUUGUGGGAAAAAGAGUGGUUCGAGUGGAAAAAGUAAAGAACUGGAAGAAGGGAAGGCUGCUUACUUGAAAGAUGGAUCAAAAGAGCCAAUAGUGGAAAUGAGAACAGAGGAUGAAAGAAUUACCAGCCAUGAAGAUGGGAGCCCAGUAAAUGAGCCAAAUGAGACUACUCCUCUCACAGAACCAGAGAAGCUGCCACUGAAGGAAGAAAAUGGGAAAGAAGCUUUAAAUCCAGAAACCAUAGAAAUCAAAGUUGCUAAUGACAUCAUCCAAUCAAAAGAAGAUGAUAGCAAAGCAUAAGAUAAACUACAGCUUUCUGGAUAAUACAUUUGGAUAAAAGCAACCCCGUGACCAAAACUUUACAGCUGACCUUAAUUUCCUGGGAAACUUAAGCUUGGAAUAGUUAGUACAUGUGUACAUAUGAUAAAACAGUUUCUGUCUACAGUUCUUUUCUAUUUUUUUGUUAAUGGUUUUAAUACGUUGUUUUGCUGACACCAAGUCCCAUGGUAUAAAAUGGAAAAAUCUUCAGAAUAAGAACUAUAACUUAUUAUAUGAAAAAGUACAUCUAUUUGUAAGAAUAAUUGGCAAAGCACCCCUAACCACAAACAAUGCAUCAUGUCCCUCCAGAUCCUACAGGGCAAUCUACAUACAUAAAGUGCCAUAUGUUACUGUAUUUGUUUCCAUUUAUAAUCAAGGAAAAGUUGAGGUUGCCUUUUAAAAAAUGAAAACGAAUCUCAGCAUAACAUUUAAGAUCUUAUCACUGGCAGACACUCAGUAGUCAUUCCAACUGUGCAUAUCACUUGAAACAAAAAAAAAAGCAAGAAGCUGUCUUCAACAACACAGAGCCAGCUCCACCCAUAGUUUUGCCUGGGUUCUCUUGUAUCAUAAAAAUUUGAUAACUAUGAUGUACAGAUUUAAAUCAAAAUGGCUGAAUAUUUUAUCUAAUAUUGGCCUCAUCCUAACCUUAGAGUGUGACUGAAAGGCCCAGGAUUUUCAGAAUGCCAGAUUUUCUAUAUUAACACUAGGAAGGUUGUGUUUAUACUGGAAUGUAGGAAAUGUGUGGAAAGGGAAUUCUUUUUUAAAUAACUUUAGGCUUCAAAGGCAAUCUUAUAACACAAACUCACAUUAGUUGUCCCAGUGCAUUUAUGCAUAUGUAGUAUUCACUCUUCUAACCCUUCAGUCAAGGGAUAAACUGCAUUUUAGUGUAGUAGAUAUAUUUUCACCACAAAUCAGUAUAUGAAAUAUUUGAAGUUGGCCUUGUUAAAGAAGUUCUUGCUAUGUUAUGAAUUUUUAUCUUAUAACAAGAAACAUAAACAGAUGGGAAGACUUUGGCUAAGUGGUUAGGAACAUUUUUAAAUUUUUAAUUAAGCAGAACGUGUAUUAGGCAAAAUACUUGUUUCCUGUCAAGCAUUUUUUAAGAAAAUCUAUUUUAUUAUUAUGGAUAAUAUGCACUACUUAGAAAUUUGGCUAAUUUGUUUGAUGAAAAAGAAUAUAUUAAUUAAUAUUGAUUUAAUUAUGUCGCUAAUUGGAGUAAUACAUCCUGCUUCCAUUCCAGCACAGUAUAUCCACAUCUACCAACCUAUUCAAAAUAUUUCUUUGGAAGAAGUAGAUAAAAUAGUGAACUAGAUUAAAAAAUUCUACUUGUUAGGAUCAAACUGUAGAGUACCUUGUGACAUCUAAGUCAUACUCAAGGUUUAAGCGUAGCUUUACUCAGCAAAUUAUGCCCUCUUGUCCUCUCCAUUCUAUGUCUGAAUUUUGCUAUUAGUUGCAAAUUUCUACCUAAUUUCAUACAAAAUGUCACCAACUCUUAUCUGAUAUUUUGUAGUUAUGUCAAAGUGGUUGACUUCUGCUCUGUAAAGCUAAAAGUGAAAUGUAGAAGAAUGUUGUUACAUUUGAGGAUAAUGGCACAUUAACCUUCUUGUUAACCCAAACGUUGCUGGAUUUGAAAAACUUGAGAAGAUAAUGAAUUUUCAGAUCUUCCUUAUUUUUGAGAUGCACUGAUUUGAUGUCAAAAAAAAAAAAAAAAAAAAAAAGAAAAAAAAAGGAAAAGAAAAGCCAACUACUUUUAGCCACUUUGGGAAAAACUAUGGUGAACCAAGUACAAGUAGUUGAUGGCAGAGGCAUAAUGCUGAUAUGGCUAGAUGAGAAGCCAAGUUCCCACAAAAGCAGAACCAAAUCAAAAAGUAUGGGUAAGAGCAAUGAUGGACAAAAGUUAUGAAAGAGAAUAAUUUAAAACUGCUGCAUAAUAGUCUCUAGUGCUAAGGAAUUACUUCUGGAUAAAAGGAAGAUUAAUAUAUUUCUCUAUAGCCUGUCACUGUUGCUCCCACAUACUGCGCAGGCAGUAUUGUCAAGUAUCUGCUUGCCUGUUAAAUUUCUGUCCUGUUUCUUUCAGAGUAGUAUACACAGUGAGCAGAACUGUCCCCUAUUUUAUAAUUAAGGUUGUCUUGUUUGUGUGUGAAUAUAUAUUAUUUCUACAAAGUACAUAUAUGCAACUGGGCUUUCUCCCUCUAUUCAAAUGUGAGGAAGGGACCUGGAAAAUUCAAGUAGUUGGAAGUGACUGGUGUGGCUUGAACAUUCAUAGCCCACAUCAUCUCAUGCAGUAUUGUUACCAAGACAAAGGUACAAGACUUUCUUUCCUCUUCUGCCUGCCAUCACAAAGUUAGGUGGUGCUGUGCAUUCUCAGAUAAAUCAAGGUUCACUAAGCAAAUGGUGCUUUUUCUGAAGCCAGCACAAUCAUUUGCACAACAAGGUUCCUAUACGAUGUAUGCAGGGCUAACACUGUCUAGACUGAACUGUAGUUGCAUUUCAACUUUUAGUACUUCUUGCUAAAACUUACGCAAAAAUCUUACAUGGCCUAACAUAGGUUGGGUGUUCUAUUUUGUUGCUAUUGUUUUUCUCUUCUUCUGUUGUUGUUGUUGUUUGUUUUUUGUUUUUUAAAUAUAGCCUCUUAUCCCAGUGUGGAAAGACUAGAGGAUUUAAAGCGUUUCUUCAGCACGUUUGGUAUUAAUACUCCUGUCCUACUAUCAAUUAGUAAAAUGUGCAGCAAAAUUAUUUCAAUAAUGGAAGCAAAAGCACUUCCUCCUAUAUUGGAAUACAAAUCAAGAACUAUUUCCAUAAGUAUUUCUUUUCUGACUGAUUUUAAGUCUCUUGCCAGUUGGGCUGAGAAUUGAAUGAUUACUUAUAGGCUGCUCCAAGCAUGCCCCUUGGUCUGCGGAUUAGUAGGUUAUCUCUUGUGUUUUGCCUCUGUGCUUUGCAGGAGAAAGCCAAGCUAUGACAAAAUUCUCAAAACCACUGGUAUUUGCAAAUGUUUCCAAAUGAGGGACAGUGCACUGUAAUUUGUAAGAUAUAUGUAGAACUGGAGUGACCUCAUGUCUUUAUUUUCUUUUCUGAUUCUAGACUUAAAAGAAAAAGAACCAGGUAUCUGUAUAAAUGUCACUUUUACUGUCUAAAGUAAUUUUAAGUGUUGGUAUGAAAUGUCAGAAGAGUUGACAGAAUAUAACUAUUUGUAAGAAUAAUCUGAAUUGUUACACUAACGUACUCUAGGGAGGGGUGUGAGAGGGUGCCAUUGAAAUUACGGCCAAAAUGGAAUGUGGCAAUGACAAUCUCUCUUCAACAAAAAAAUAAGGAGUAAAAUUAAGUAAAAUGACUUAGUUUCUUUUUUUUCCGCAGUCGUUUUUAGUAAGUGUACAUUCUGAUUUACCACAGUAGUAACAAAACAAGCAAACAAAAGAAAAAAUACAUUUUACAAUUUAGUAUACAAAUGUACUAUGGAGAGGUUUUCUGGUUUUGUUUGUUUGAUUGCUUUUUUGUUUGGUUUUAGGUUUGUUUUUGUUUGUUUUUACUUCUAAGGUUUGUGGGAUUUUCUUUUUUCUUUUUUUUUUUUUUUUUUUUGGUGGUUGCAGAAAUAUUUACUGUUCUGGUGAUGCUAAUGCCUAAUGUGACAAAGUUUUAUUUAUUUAGGCCUCAGGCCUUGCAGGACAUUUUUGUGUGGCUAAACCCAUUGCUCAUAUGGCAUCCAGCUGACACCAGUGGAGUCAGUGUGAACAGGAGGAUGGAUGUGCUCUCAUAGAAAAGCUUGCAGAAGUUUGCAGGACUGAGCAGAUUUAGAUACAUACAACGUAGUUGCACAGUGACAGUCACAUACAAAGACUGUUUGAUAACAGUCCAUGGUAUAGUAAAUUCCACCUCCUGUCUUCAGCCUCUGCAUUGAUGUUCAUCCAAAAAGUGGCUUUCAUUUUAUGAUGGUAUUUAUUUAUUUAAGUGCCAAUCAUCAAACUGUAGUAUAAUAAUCAUGCCAUUCUUCUGUUUCCUAGACCAGAUAAUGGAAAUGUAUUUGUGCCUUUUGAUAGCAUGCCACUUUGCUUUAUUAAAGAAAAAAAUCUUCAAUAAUUUGUCUACAAAGCCUGUUUAAAGUAUUUGAAAGCUUUACCAUGGUAUACAUUUCUACUCAAAUAUGCUCAAAUGCUCAUCUAAAGUAAACUGGAGAGAAUACUCUCAAUUCAGUUUAAUAUUUUAAACACAAAAUUGGCAAAAAAAAAUUCAUUGAGAUCACAGUUCUAGUGAGGGUCAUUGUGGGUGUGUUACUACUGAAAAGAUUCAAGUAGAUGGAGCUCAUGGGGAUUAUGAAAGGGUGUUUCAACCAAUUUUUCAAGUUGAAGAGUCAGAUACAAAGUCUCUUUAGUUUUGUUUAGGCACUUAGAUAUAAAACGUUAACAUCUUUUCUCAAAUCUAAAAGAUAGCAAGGAACAUAUUCCCACCAUAUUACCUCUGGAGCAAAACUGCAGUGACUGUUUUGCAGUCCUUUGUGGUCUCACCAUACUUGUAAUCUGUCAUAGGAGGUAAUACCUUUGUAAAGUAGUGGUUGUGUCUGCUGGGUGGCAUUCACUUCUGAUUAAAGGAGAGGUCUACAGAGAGGUGCAGAAAACAUUGCAGGUAGGGUGCUGGGGGAAUCCAGGUCUCACUGGAGUUUAGGACACAAACUCACUUCAGUGGGGCCUGAAUUUCAUCCAUUUGUCUCGGUGAGGCUCCACAUGUCUUUGUCCAGUUGAGUCAUCUAGGUGUAAGCAGACCUGAAAUAUGCUACCAAGCUCCUGCUAACAUUUUGCACAGGGAAGACUUGCCUAUAAGGAGUUUGCAAUGAUCAGUAAACAUGGAUAAAGAUAUCUGAUCACGAUGUAUGUGUCCACAAUUAAGAAGAAUUAAAACAUCCUUCUAAAUAGUUUUUUGUGAUUGCAGUGCUUUAGGUAAAGACUAAAACAUCCUACAAAGUAUUGUUUCAUCUUAAAUCACACCGUUUAACUUCAGGUGCUUGUGCUAAUCAGUGCAAAGCUGCUGUAGUUAAUUGGAUAAUUUAAAAAAAAAAAGUGUUCCAUCCCCUUUUUCAGAUUGUUUCAUAUAAUUCCCUUUAAACAACUCACUGAAUUUUAAGUGACCUUCAAUAUUUCCAAUGUGUUCUUAGGUCAUUUUAUUUGAACCUGAGCCAGAAAGAAAAUUUUCUGUUACAAGUUUGGCUUUGGACUCAGUUCGGUGAAAACACAGUUUACUUGUCUAUUUCUCCUCUUAACAGGCAUUGUGAACCUCAUGAUGUUUGACUUUCAAACUUGAAUAUUGGCCAUUUUUAGCCCAGAUAAAUGAAAUAUAAGUAUUUAUUGCCAAAUUUGUAUUGGCAGCUUUAUGUCACAGGUGAGAUUGGAAGCAGGCAAGAUGACCAGCUUUGGUGCUGACAGAAUUAAAGAAAGGAGAAGUGAAAAUGAACUGAGAGGGUCAGAAAUUGGGAGGCCCUAUAGAUACUGGUGGGCAAGUAGGGAGCUACUAAAAUAAAAGAGGCUGAUGCAGACUGUAAAAACUAGAGAAGGGGUAACGUUAGCCCUGCUGCAUCCUUUAUGUCUGCUAUGUGAGAAGGCUAUGAUUUUAAAUGUAAAGUACAGGGGGAAGGGAAAGUCCCUGCAGAUUGGUGGCAAACAAUAUAAAACAAUCAGAUUCCCCCAGGAAGAUAAUUUUGUUGCUCUUGGUGUAGAGUUCUCACUGUGAGUUUUGAGCUACAUAAAAGAUUUAAGCAAACAAACAAACAAACAAAAAAAAAAGCUUUCCUGCUACAAUGAGCACUCGGUAUGUAUUUGUAUGCUGUGUACAGUAUGAGCUAAAGCAUACCAUAUAUUGUUUUUGUUAUUCCACACGUUGUCAACAGCCCACUUGCGAUAUAUACCACCUGAAUUAUAUAUUGAUAAGUUAGCUACCACUGGAGCUAGUUUGUUUCUUGUUUCAAAAUCUUAUGUCCCUAUGAAAUGCUGUGUAUAUAUAUAUAUCUCUAUACUGUAAAAAAGAAGUAAUAUCGCAGAUGCUGGUUUUGUAUUUAUGAAAGACAUUGAAAGUAUGGCUUAAACUAUAUCAAUUAUUUGUCACUCUUCACCAUUUGUAUAUUAAUAGUAAAGAUACUUUUACUUUAA